CACACACACACACACACACACACACACACACACACACACACACGCACACACAUACACACACACACACACACACUCUCUCUCUCUCUUUCUGUCUCUGUGUGUGUCUCUCUCCCUCAAACACACACACAUCAACACGAAGAUGGGCGGGGGAAGUAGUCGGCAGUUGGACGAGCUAGAUGUCGCCAUCUUCAACUUGAAACAGACCAGCGAAAGCUUUCGAGAACGUGCAACGGGCGCCAUCGACAUGAUGUCCAACAGAUUGGACGAUUUGGAGAAGCGGGUGACGCUGCUGGUGCGCCAGGUCCGGGGUGAUCCAAUGGAGACAGAUGACAGCACGAGCAAAUACGCCGACGCAUUACAUCAGCUGACGUCGCACGACGAUGUACUGCAGUCAGCCAUGUACGAGGCGCAGGGCAUGCGCUACAACAGCACCCGCUCGCAGCACCACCCGCACCACCACAACGGCGCGCAGCAGCAGCCGGAGGCGGCGGAGGACGCGGAGGACUACCAGUUCUUCCGCAAGGACAGCUUCCGCGUGGAGAUCUUCUCCAAGCGGCACGAUGUCACGCUGCGGCGCGAGCCGACAGAGUCGUUUGGGCUGACCAUUGUGGCGGCGCAGUCUGCCUCGCGCAGCGGCAACCCUGUCAAGGACCACGCCAUCUUCAUCAAGGCAAUCAAGCCGGGCGCCGUUGCGGACAGGGACGGGAGGUUACGCCCGCACGACCGCGUGCUCGCCAUCAACGGCAUCGACGUUUCCCGUGCAACACACGAGCAGGUGAUGGGCCUGGUGUCUGCGUCGGGGCGGGAGGUGACGCUGACGGUGGCGGCGCUGGUGAAGGUGAAGCGCCGGCGGAAACCAAACGACGCAAAGGCAUCAAGGCGGUGAUGCUGCUCCUACUGCUGAUGAUGAUGAUGAUGGUGAUGGUGGUGGUGGUGAGAGGUAGGGGAUGUAUUGGAAAGAGGAGGCCGGUGCUCGUGGAUGGACGGAUCAAGGAACACCGUUGCACGCGUGCAUGUGUGUCGCGUGAACAUGCGUGUAUUUGCAUGGGUGCAUAUGUCAAUCGUUGCAUUCUGCCACAGCACAUGCACGUGCUUGUGCAACUGGUGCCUUCACCUCAUGUGUAUUUUCAACGCAAGAGCCGCUGUUCAGCCUUGGCG